AUGCAAAUGUUUGUUGCCGCUGCUCGUGCAUCUUUUGUAAGGCGAGUGAGGCAGCAAUUCUCCUUGUCCAGCCUGCAGCGACAGUUUCCCCGAGCUCUGUCCUCCCGCAAGUUUUCUUCUCCAGCCCGAGUGCAUGAGUCCUUCAUCACAGGAACUGGGGGAGCCUAUGUCGAGGAGCUCUUCGAAGCAUGGGAGAAGGAUCCCAACUCUGUUCACAAGUCAUGGCAAGUUUUCUUCGCGAACCUGCAAGCCAACGCGCAGCCAGGCGCUGCUAACGCCCUCCCUCCGUCUCUGACCGGGGGGAUCGAGCCGGUGCCAGUGGAAGUGGAUCAGGUGGCGUCUGCAGCGGUAGACCACAUGAACUUGCUCCUGUUAGUUCGAGCGUUCCAGGUGCGCGGGCAUUACCUGGCGCACCUCGACCCUCUUGAAAUCAACACAGCGAAUAUCCACAUGCAGCCCGAUGGUCAGAUGCCUCAGUUUUUAGAUCACAAGACGUAUGGGUUCACAGAUGCGGACCUUGAUAGAGAGUUUUACAUGGGAGCAGCGGCAAUUGGAGCAGCAGCGGCUGGUGUGCUGGCUUCGGGACGUCCACAGACUCUUCGUGAGAUCAUUGACACGCUGAAGGGUGCUUAUUGCGAUACCAUUGGAGUAGAGUUCAUGCAUAUUCCGGAUCUUGAACAGCAGAAUUGGAUCCGAGACAAGUUUGAAAAGUCAGAUAAAUUCCAGCAUACCAAGUCGGACGUGCUGAACAUGUACGACAGACUUGCGUUCGCUUCCAACUUUGAAACUUUCCUUGCUACGAAAUACGGAGUGACCAAAAGGUUCGGUUUGGAGGGGGUAGAAUCUGCGAUCCCCGGUAUCAAGAGCAUGAUAGACAGAGCCGCAGAGCUGGGGUGCGAAGCUUUCAAUAUUGGCAUGCCGCACAGAGGCAGGCUCAACGUACUAGCCAACGUCAUGAGGAAACCGAUGGAGGAGAUCUUUCAGGAGUUCAUCGCAGGGACUGUGGCUUCCGUGCCCGGACAUGACGAGGUCUGGGGCAGUGGCGAUGUCAAGUAUCACCUGGGAUUCUCCAUCGACCGACCCACCACUUGCGGCAAGCGGGUUCAUCUUUCCUUAGUAGCAAACCCGUCCCACUUGGAAGCUGUGAAUCCGGUGGUCCUCGGUAAAACCCGGGCGAAGCAAGAGUCAUUGAAGGAUGACACUCGUCGACGCGCCAUGAGCGUUCUCCUUCACGGUGAUGCUGCCUUUGCAGGUCAGGGCAUCGUGUAUGAGACCCUGGAACUUUCAGAUAUCAAAGGAUACAGCACUGGGGGGACUGUGCACAUCAUCGUGAACAACCAGAUUGGUUUCACAACUGAUCCUCGCUUUGCAAGGUCCUCUCCUUACUGCUCGGAUGUUGCGAAAUGCGUCAGCGUCCCAAUCUUCCAUGUGAAUGCAGACGAUCUACAAGCAGUUUGCUGGGUUUGUGCAACUGCAGCUGAGUUCAGACAGAAGUUUGGCAAAGAUGUGAUUGUGGACAUUGUUGGGUACAGGCGAUACGGUCACAAUGAGAUUGACGAGCCGAGCUUCACACAGCCGCUGAUGUAUCAGCACAUUUCCAAGACGAAGCCCGUGUUGCAGAAAUUCCAGGACGAGGCGUUGGAGAAGUCCCUUCUGUCCAAGGACGAGAUUGACAAGGUGGAGGCGGACUGCGUGAGAAUCUUCGAACAAGCUUUCGAGAAGGCGAGGAGAAAUGUUGAGAGUGGAACUUGGGAUAAGGGUGAAAUCCCCUUGGAGAACCGCUGGAAGGGAUUCAAGUCUCGAUUCAGCUUCUCUGCUCGUCAAGACACUGGAGUCCCGCUGGAGGAGCUGAGAAAUGUCGGCGAGCGCCUGUCUUCGUACCCGAAAGACUUUCACAUCCAUCGCGGACUCGCGAGAAACAAGAAGCACAUGUUCGACACUGGCGUUGGCCUCGACUGGGCAACGGCCGAGGCGCUGGCCUUCGGCACUCUGCUCAAGGAAGGUGUCCACGUGCGCCUGAGCGGACAAGACGUCGAGCGCGGGACCUUCAGCCACCGCCAUGCUGUGUUGCACGACCAGGAGAACGAGAGCAAGUAUGUUCCUUUGCAGAACCUCUCUUCAGACCAGGCAACCUUUUCCAUCUUCAACUCCAACUUGUCAGAGUACGGCGUCCUUGGGUUUGAGCUCGGAUAUUCUCUCCAUAGCCCUAUGUCACUCGUGCUGUGGGAGGCUCAGUUCGGAGACUUUGCCAACACCGCGCAGGUCAUUAUCGAUCAGUUCAUAGCGGCUGGAGAGCAGAAAUGGCUGCGUCAGAGUGGACUUGUUAUGCUCCUUCCCCACGGUUACGAGGGCCAGGGGCCAGAGCAUUCCUCGGCAAGGAUUGAACGUUUUUUGCAAAUGAGCGAUGAUGACCCUGCGAUCAUCCCUGAGAUGGCCCAGCAUGGAAGGAUGCAAAUUCAGCACAGCAACUGGCAGAUAGUCAACCUCUCUACUCCAGCAAACUACUUCCAUGCCCUCCGCCGCCAGAUUCGCCGCGAGUUCCGCAAGCCCCUGGUCGUCUUCUCCCCCAAGUCCCUGCUGCGUCACCCGCAGUGUGUGUCCGACAUCCAGGAGUUCGUACCAGGGAUCCCGUUCCGCAGAAUGAUCGACGAGCGCUUCCCCCACGACAUCGUAGCGCCGGAGGAAGUGAAACGUCUCAUCCUCUGCACUGGCAAGGUGUACUAUGACGUCAUCAAGUACCGCAACGACAACCAGAUCAAGAACAUCGCAGUCGCAACGCUAGAGCAGAUCUCGCCCUUCCCCUUCGAUCGUGUUCAGCAGCUCUCCAAGAAGUACCCUAACGCCGAGCUCGUGUGGGUCCAGGAGGAGCCUCAGAACAUGGGGUGCUGGUCGUACGUCGAGCCGCGUGUAGCGACUGCGCUCCUUGAAAUCAAUGGGAAGCGGAUCAGCUACAUCGGGAGAAACCCAGCAGCCUCUCCAGCUACCGGCAACAGCACCAUCCACCUGGCCGAGAUCGAGCAGUUCCUCGAGGCUGCCUUCAACCUCGCUCCGGCCCCAGACCGCAUGCCUCCCAUCCGCUGGCGAUACUGAGCGAGUGGCGGACGGGUUUGUAUUCAGUCUGUACAUUCAAUGAUCCACUUGAACUCG